AUGCAUUUUAGAUACAGUGCGACCCCGUUCGAUGACUUAACAUCUGACCCGUGUUUUAAACAAACUUUGGUAUCGCUGACGUCGAGCGCCGGUGUUGUGCCCUCUCUGUACUCAUUGAUUGUUGCAAUAGAUCAAUGUUCGGCCGAAACAUUUAUAGCAACAAAAGUUAUUAUACAAAAGGGCAUAGAGUAUAUGAAUCUAGAUAUGUGCAAAGAGCACCCGUAUAAACAGGGUCAAACUGAAUGCAAAACUACUAUACCAACUGAUCCGGUUGUAGACUUGAUAAAUGAUAAUUGUUUUAAGAAAAUCACCAAAGAUGAAGAGAUAAAAAUUGCCAAGAUGAAACCGAAAAAUAUGAUACUAUGAAAAUAAUUUUGGAUAAAACAAGGGAUAAAUUUAAUGCAAAUGCUUGUAAAGAGUUUCCUUAUAAAACCAAUCAAAAACAAUGUAAUAAUUCAC